GCAUAGUCCCCUGCGUCAAGACUCCAAGACAAUGGAUGGAGGUCCCCCCCCCCCUCGACGCGCGAAACUCGCAUAAAUACAGCGCUCUCCCUCCGCUCAGCACACAGCAGCUCACCGCCUCGCAAAGAGCACAUCGCCUCUCUCCUAAAAGCACAACUUCUAGCUAAAGACAUGACUCCAAGAAUCACUCCUGAGACUACCCAGCUUGUCCCCUCAAGGUCCACGGUGGCCCAGAGGAAAGAAGCGAACGAACUGAGAAAGACACUAAAGCCUUUGUUGGAAAAGAAAAGGCGCGCACGCAUCAACGACAGCCUCGGUCAAUUGAAGACUCUAAUCCUCCCUCUGGUCGGCAAAGACAACGCUCCAUACUCGAAGCUUGAGAAAGCCAAUAUUCUGGAGAUGACCGUCCGAUUCCUCCGAGAUCUCCCUUCAUCUUCAGUCAAAAGUUCAUCAGACAGCUACAAAGAAGGGUACAAAGCCUGCCUGCAGCGCGUCACCGCUCUGAUCCCCAAAACGAACCUGGACAAAGACUCGUGUCAGCGGGUGAACGACUUCAUUCAGCAGGCCAUGUCUGCGUCCGUCGACCCAGCUUGUCAGAACUGUUGCGCCCAGAGCUCCAGGGCUUUCCCCCAGAUUCAGCAGAGACUCCUGAGCCUCAAAGCCAACGUUGGCUCCAGAAUCGAGAACCACUCGAACUCGCUUCCCAACCGGCCUCAGCCAGUGCCACAAGCUGUCAAUGCUAACAUGUGGAGACCCUGGUAGAUUAGACUCCCUUAGCGAACAUUGUUUUGUGAUAUAUAUAUAAACGCUGUUAGAUGUAGAUAUUAACUGGAAGAGAUGAGGGAGUUAUUUCACGUUUGACUAGUACUGCAUUUAUUUAUUCACAGACAAAUCAGAUGAGCACAGACUUUAUGAGCAGACAAAUUCUAUGAUCUUUGUUAGGCUAAAUGCAAUCCUCUUUGGGAUUUCCAAGAUUUGGGUUGUAGACAACACAAUUGUAAAACCCCAAGGGUUAUUUUGUUUGAGGUUUGCGCUAUUGACUUAAGUACUUUUGGUCUGUGCAAAGGAGUAGACUGUAAACACUGUG